GGCUAACUGUUUCAAGACUAGAUAGAUAGGCUCUCCAAGCGGUGCUUUCUCCGUCACCAUGUCGACGGCUCCCGCGGCCCAAACGUCUCGCAACGCGAUCGACGAUAACGCGGCCGACGAGGUUUCGCACAAAGCAAGGCGCACUUCAUUCUUUUCGUAUUCCGGUACAGUAUACUCAGAUGCAGACCUAACGACUUUCGACGAAGAAUUCUGCGAUCCAUUGGAUUACAUGCUGGUACCCUUUGAGGAUACGCAGUCGCAGCGGGUGCCGACCCCAAACACAACAAUCAGCAUGACCAACGAAACUGCCGCGACCGCCCUUGAAGAGCACGACCGCGACGACAACGAUCCUAGUUUUGACCUUUUACCUCCCUUGCCCGAUCAUGAUGACAGUAGUCUCGAAGAGAAUAGCGAUCGCGACCAUGAGCGCACGGAGAAUCAGACCUUCUUCGAAGAGGCCGAAAUGAGGAGGAGACUGGCGGACGUGGAGUCCAGCUUCUUACCGGAGCCCUCAACAAUCGAGGUCGCUGCCGCGAAUCGCCCUACCGGUGUGGACGAUACAUAUGUGGUUGGUAUGGCGGGACAAAAUGAGCAGGGGCAUGAGCAUGACUCUGAACUUGAACAAGCGCAUGAAAGUGAGCAUGAGAAUGAGCAUGGGCCCGUGCCGGAUUUUACAGAGCCUUCAUGGGCGGCACAAGAGGAGUCGAGUCAUGACCUUGCAUCGACGAAUGAGGGCGUCCCCAUCCCGCACAGUCCUAGCCUAGGACCCGAAGAUAGCACGCUUAACUUGGAGUCCACAAUCGCAGAUUCAAUCGCCUCAACAGAACCCUAUGAAGAAGAUCACACCACGAUGCUUGAGGCAAUGCCGUCGUCGCCCGCGGCUGCGGCAGCCGCACGGAUAGACAGUCGAAAUCAAUCACUCAUGCUCGAUGACGCGAGCCGGGAUCUGUCCUUGUUGCCCGAGAGCGCCGAUGAGAUCAGUCAAUUCUCCCAAGACUACUCUGUCGACCAGUCAGCACAAAGCGCAAAUCAAUCGCUACGGUCAGCGAGCCAGGAUUUCCGCAACCCUUCCAUUACGCAUCCCCGGCUAUUCAGCAGUGAAGGCGCCGCCCCCGACCUAGAUACUGCGUCUCGUGCAAGCAGCCGAAGAAGUAGUCGCCCCAAAUACCUCACCAGCCGCCACUCCUCACAACGACUCUCCUACUCCUCCGCGGCGAGCGGUGCAACCGAAAUCACAAAUAGCGAUGCUACAGUGGGUGCCGACUACGCCCUGCAGUCAGGCGGCGCGGUACCGGAAAACUCAGACCUGAAUGUCGGAUCGCAACGUAACAACCUCGCCAGAUCAGUCAGUUUAGGAAGCAUGGCAUCAGGAAUUUCAGGGUACAGCGACGACAACGUCAUUGAGAAGCGAACGAUGAGUGGGACUACAGACAGCGGCCUUCAGACGUUGGACGAAGAAGAUGCUCCACAACCAGAAGCUGCGGAGGAUAAUGGGCCGAUGACCCCAAAAGCAGCGCCGCGCGACCAGGGCUUUCCAACGGAUACAGUCAUUGCAGAAAGGGUCAAAGACGUUCAGGUUCCAAGUGCAUUCGUUAAACAAUUCCGUGAGGACCAUGGGAUGUCGCCUGAGAAACGAGCUGGCAUGACUCCAGGAUUCACACGGAGCGGCCGUUCCAUGACCCUGAAAGAGCAAAGCAGCACGAUAGAUCGUCUAUCAAAGGAAAACUUUGACCUGAAAAUGCGGAUCCACUUUCUGAACGAAGCGCUCAACCGACGUUCCGAAGAAGGUAUCAAGGAGAUGAUAUCUGAAAAUGUUGAGCUCAAAUCGGACAAGUUGAAGCUGCAGAAAGAGAACCAGGGUUUAAAGCGGAAGAUUCGCGAUUUAGAAAAGCAGGUGAAGGACCAACAGUCAGAUAAGGAAUCCAUGCUCAAUCAUGACCCCGAGGGCUCUGAUGAAGACGACCGAGGCUCCGCUCAGGAUGAAGAAUUACUCUUCUUACGGGAGCGAGUGGAGAUCUAUGAACUUGAGAUCGAGCGAAUGAGGUCGGAGAGUAUGGCACGGGAAAGCGAGAAACGAAGACUAGCAGAGAUGGUCAAAUCCCUCAGCGAGGGCAGGCCAACUGGGUCGGAUUCCGGGGCUAGGGAGGAAAGAGAUAUGUGGAAGGAUAUGCUCGAGGCUGAAACUGCUGCUCGCGAACAAGCCGAUGAUGAAAACAAGAGGCUACGGGAAGAACUUAUGCGUGUCAAGAGCGAGAUGAGCUUCGCCAUGGCUCCUGUAGCACCAUUAAGACCAGGACAACGUGACCGUGGGAAUUCCAUGGUGUCCUAUUCUGCCGCUUCUGACAAGGAAUUCCAUCGCCAUACUGGCACCGGCAGUUCUUCCAGUUCCACACUUGUAAUGGAACUAGAGCUGCUGAAACAGGAGAACGCAGAGCUCCGCAAAGAAGUCAGUGCCCAGACUUCAAUGCUGACGUCGCGAAAUAGAGAAAAGGAACGACUGUACCAGGAAAUCGAGGAGCUCAAACUCGGUCAACGCCGCGAGCGAUCCAUUGCUGGUGACAGCAUCCUCGAUCGAUCCGCUUCCAGAGCUCACGGGCGAUCUUCUUCACGGACCAGCGACCGCACGGGACAGUCUCCGAUUGAUGAUGCGGAACGGGAAGACCUAGAAGUUCGGAACGGGCAGCUGCGUGACCAGGUGUCCACGUUGAAGCUCGAGAAUCAAGCGAUCCGACAACAACUUGACGUUCUUGAGAAAGAUCUAGAAGCUAUGGACAAGGCUUACCAGGCUGAUGUUGAUCAAGCUAAUGAGGAAAUUCAGAGCCUACAACAGGAACGGGACCAGGCGUUGCAGAUGGCUGACGAGCGGGACGCAGCAUUCCAAGACCUGAGAGCUGAAGCACAGGAAGAACUUGACGCUAUGGGAGACGAGCUAGAGCAGAAGAUCGAAGAUUGCCAACAAUUAACUGAAGAGCUGCGGACUCAGGACGAGAAUCUCAGAGCGCUCCAGGCAGAGAUGCGAUCGGCGGGUGAAGGUAUUAUUAGGCUUGAGGAAGAUGCGCAGAAUAACCUGCAACGGUACAAGGCCGUGCAGCAGGAGCUGGAAGAAUGCAACCAUGAGAUGGAAUCGCUAGAGAAGAGCCUAUAUGAGGCAAAUGCCAAGGUGCAACGUCUCACAGUCCAGAUAGAGUCGAGCCAUAACGAAAUUGCAUUCCUACGGGAGGAGCAAGAUGGCGACAAGAUCAAGAUUGGCGACCUGGAAUCAGAGCUCAAGACUUACCAGGUGAGCCUGCACAGCGAACGCGAAAAGACACGAGAGUUGGAGGAACGCCUCGCCGAGGAGAGGCAUCAACGCGAAGUCGUUGGCAGCAAGGAGAAGCAAGAGGUGCAGCGAAUUAUGAACGAGCUGAACCGUGAGGCAUCUGCGGCCAAGGAAGAUGUUCGCAGGCUGAAGAAGAGCCUCUCGGCGCAGGAGAUUGAAACGGCCACUUGGAAGGAACGGCUCACAGACCUGGAGAACAACCUUCGUGAAACUCUCGGCGAUCUUACAGGCAGCCGGUCCAGCUUGAUCUCCAACAUUAUGAAGUUGCAGAAGGAGCUGGAGAGCACUGCACUGGAGUUGGAAAGCACGCGGUCCACGCUAGAUGAGAAGGAGUCGCUUCUACGGAACCGCGACGCGCUGCUCGAAAGUCAUGGCUUGGAGUCUAGGAAACUGUCUGAGCUUCUUGACCGCGAGCGGCAAGCUCGCCGUGCAGAUAAGCAAUCCUUCGAGCAGGCCCUCAGAUCCCACCACCAGGCUUCCCGGACCAUCUCACAAAACAACUCUCGCAUCUCCGAACUCGAAAGCGCGCGCAGUCAAGACCGCAAGCGCUUCGGCGGCCUUGAGCAGCAGUUCCGGGAGCAACUCAAUGAGCGGAAUGCAAUGCUGUUGACGAUCUGGAAGCGGCUAUCCACUAUGUGUGGACCGGACUGGGCGCACUCAAACAGCUUGAUCAAUGGCAACCUACCUAGUCAAGAGGUCAUUGGCAACAUCUUGUUCUGGCCAGGAUUUAGCCGCAAUCUUCUUCUGGCGGUCAAGACUCUGGAGAACGUGCUAUCAGGCUUUAAGGGCCGCAUUAAGGAUGUAGAACGAGGCCUGACGAAGCAGUACCAGACUCUUGAGCACGCCUUUAGCUUACGGAUAAAGAAGCUCGACCGACUGGAGGAAUCAGCAAUCAACAUGCGCGCUCAGCUCCAGACACGAAAUCAGACCGGAAUGUCCCCCGAGAUAUCCAAGCUGCGCGGCGAAAACCGUCUAUUGAAGGCCGAACUCAACCUCCUCCAGUCGCACUCGCGCAGUCGCAGUGGAGUUGUCGUGGAUGGGACAGGGUCUCCUCGUAACUCGACUAUCGAUGCUGAUCGCGGUCCUUUGGUUCGCGCUCACUCUGCCAUUGAACCAUCCAAAGCGGUCGCACGGUCUGGUAUCCCCCAACCCUCGCACAUCUCCUCAGCGACAACACUAGUUGAAAAAACCGGACCCAUGGCCCACCCCAGACACAAAUCCGGCGACCCCGGCAACCAGGAAGUUUGGAUCAAGCGUCUCCAUGAGCUCGAGAAGCGGCUCAAAGCCGAACGCGAAGCACGUCUGCUCGACCGCAACGGAGCCCGCAGACGCCUCGAGGAGCGUGACGCUGAGAACAAGAGACUCCGCGCGCAGCUAGAGCGACAGCGCAUCCGCAAGGGCGUUUCGACGGAGACGUCCACCGAUGAUGGCGGUCAUGAACCGGGGUCUGAUCUUACAACUGGUGACGAGGGUUAUCGAACUCAUCACGAUGACCAUAGUUCAAGCGAGGGGGAGGGCAUCACGGUCGAUAUCGAAGUUUGAUUUCCUUCUUCGCUUCUCUUCUCUUCUCUCUUGUCUCCUGUUCUUCAAUCGUCUAUUCUUAUGCAUCUUUAGCGAGCCGGUGUUGGAUUUGGACAUCUCUAUUCUUCCUGCCUAUAUACCCCGGAUGCCUUAAUGGUUAAUGCUGAUGCCGAAUGAUGUACCUACUCUACUUACUUUUACGCGCAUUCAUAACGAGGGUGAUGAUCAUUUCAAGUUGACUUACAAGUAGUGUACAGUCGUUUUUUGUUUUCUAAUCUCUAUCUGGGGCAAAGUCCUUCUACCCCCGUAGGGAAACCUUCAAUGAGAAAUCUACAAUCCCGACGCCCUGAUGGAUCGAGCUCGUCGACAAGAUAUCCACAUCCUCACAUGCAUACCCAGCCGCAUUCUCCUCAUUCAACCCUCCACUUACCUCAAUCAAAAACGCCGCCUUUCCAACCCACCGCUCCUUCAACUCCCUCGCAGCCUCACGCACCCCCUCGGGCGUAAAGUUAUCCAGCAUAACCACAUCCGCGCCAGCCCCAAUCGCCGCAUUCGCCUCCUCGACACUCCUAACCUCAACCUCAACUUUGGUAGAAAACCCCCCAACAGCCUUCGCCGCCGCAACAGCCUUCGGAAUCGCCGCAGCAAUAUCCCCCUCCUCCAACGCCUUCCGC